GCGAGUACCUUUCCCAGAACUGUACAAGCAAAAUGAUACAGCUUGGGCAGAAAUAGCAGAAGUACGCACCAUGGAACAUGGACCAGACAUUGUGGCCACGCGAGUGACCCUCCCGGGGGAUGUGUUGUCCGCAACCUCCCCCCCGAGGCGAGUAGAGGAUGCUGUCUGCCAACCUCUGGGAAACACUGACCACGUUGCGAGGGGCCAGAGCAAGACCGGGAUCCGACGGGACAUACACGAGGAGGAAGAUGAAGACGAGCCGCUGACCGACGAUGAGUUGCUGAGUGAGGACACGACAGAAAAGGGGGACCAACCUGAGCCGACGGUGGCGACGUGUGUUGCCCCAAUGGGGGCUGAGUUGUGCGCAGCCGCCCCCGCGAGGGGAGUACUGGCGGCUGAGACACUGGAACGUCCACACACUGACCAAACCCCCGAAGGUGUUACACCCGAAGUGCCCAUACCACAGAACACGCAUGCCCGCGAGAAAGAGACUAGAAGUGUAGAGGAAUUGCCCACGGCAGUGCGUGUGGCCGCACCGGGGGACGCAUUGUCCGCAAUCU